CAAUUAUUGGAGAGGUGGAUGUGUCCCAAAGUCCAAGGGAUGACAAACACCAGACCCGGACUGAAGGAGCAGUCUGAUUCAAGAAUGGGUUCUGCGGUUGCCAAAAUAAUAGGCAAUAAUGUAAAAAAAUUGCAGAAGUUUGCUUCUACAGUGAAGAUGUGGGUGUUUGAGGAGAAUAUUAAUGGGAAAAAACUGACGGAUAUCAUAAAUAAUGAACAUGAAAAUGUAAAAUAUCUCCCUGGAUACAAGCUGCCAGAUAAUGUGGUUGCUGUCCCAAACCUUAAUGAAGCUGUACAGGAUGCAGACUUGCUGGUCUUUGUCAUUCCUCAUCAGUUCAUUCAUAAGAUCUGCGAUGAAAUCACAGGACGAGUGCCCAAGAAAGCUCUUGGUAUAACUCUCAUAAAGGGAAUAGAUGAAGGCCCGGAGGGACUCAAACUGAUUUCUGACAUUAUUCGAGAGAAGGUGGAAAUAGACAUCAGUGUGCUGAUGGGAGCUAACAUUGCCAAUGAGGUGGCAGCAGAGAAAUUCUGUGAAACCACGAUAGGCAGCAAAAUCUUGCAGAAUGGCCUUCUCUUCAAAGAACUCUUGCAGACUCCAAACUUCCGAAUAACUGUAGUAGAUGAUGCAGAUACUGUUGAGCUUUGUGGUGCUCUGAAGAAUAUAGUGGCGGUAGGAGCUGGGUUCUGUGAUGGCCUUCGCUGUGGUGACAAUACCAAAGCUGCCGUUAUUCGCCUUGGCCUAAUGGAGAUGAUUGCAUUUGCCAGAAUUUUUUGCAAAGGACAGGUGUCUACUGCCACCUUCCUGGAGAGCUGUGGAGUUGCUGAUCUCAUCACAACUUGUUAUGGUGGCCGGAAUCGACGGGUAGCAGAAGCAUUUGUUAAAACUGGAAAGUCUAUUGAAGAAUUGGAGCAAGAAAUGCUGAAUGGACAGAAACUGCAAGGACCACAGACUUCUGCAGAAGUGUAUCGCAUUCUCAAGCAGAAAGGAAUGGUGGAAAAGUUUCCGCUAUUCACUGCUGUAUAUCAAAUCUGCUAUGAAGGGAAGUCUGUCAAAGAGAUGAUAUCCUGCCUUCAAAGUCAUCCAGAGCACAUAUAGAAUCAAUCAGGGCAUUGUACUAAUGCAGCUUUCUGCCUUUCAAAAUCAUGUUCCGUUCAAGUGGAUGUAUCAUUAAGCUUCAUACAAAGCUGCUCACUAGGCAACUGUAACAACAUGAAUGUCUCUGAGUGGAUACUGGUUUUUUUUGCUUUUCAGCCUAGUUUGACAUAGCAUGCAGUGUUGGCUUGGUGUCUGUCGUUUUGCUGGCUAAAAGCAAUUCAAAACUUGCACUACGUGUAUAGUGUAUAUACACAAGCGUACUGCGUGUGUGUUCCUACAGUGUAAGACACAAACGAUGUUUGGUUGUCUCUCAUUAAAGCCCAGUCCAAAAUCCACUGGACACAGUGGGAAGAAUCCCACUGGUUUUAAUGGAGGCUGAAUCAAGCCAGUCACCUCAAAAUAUUAGGAGUCUUUCUAUUAUAACUCAUUUUUAUUGUGCAUACAUAUUGAAAUUUGAAUGUUUUGCAUGUUUUUUAUUAUAUUCUUUUAAGGAAUAUUAAUGGAAAACAAGUGGUAGCAGUUAUUCAGGAGGCUACUGGGAUGUUUUAAUGAACUCCAUUGAACAAUUAUCAUGAUUUUUUGAAAGUCUUUCAAACUAUCACACUAUUUUGAAACCAAUUUUUAAGUGAAUUUAAAGUUUUUAAGUAUACUGUUUUAAAGGGAAUAUGCUAGAGGGGGUUCAUUAUCUCCCCUUCUGUUUUUUAAUCCUUGCAUUUUUGUAUUUCUGCAUUUCUCUCUUGCUGUUCCCCGUUGUUAUGCUCUUCUAGAAUCCCAUUCCAAAAAAACAAGUGGGAGCUUUUGACCUGGGAGUUCUGAAUCCUGGAGCUUAGGGUUUGUUUUAGUGCUGUACCUUUGGUGGUGGUUCUUCGGGAUAGUUUGGGUGGGGAAGGAUACUCUUGGGGUAUCCACUGCUCAAAACUGGCAUGCUGUUUUUCUAGCUUAACCAUCAGGUACAAUGUGUUGGACUGCUCACAGCACUCCAAGGAAUGUUUGGGGAGGGUUCCCUGGUAGCUCGUGCUUGUGUUGUCAAAAGGAUUGUACACUCGUAUGCUGAGUGCAUUCAUUUCAGUGCCUGCCAGUGACUGACACAUCAGCUGGAGUGUAGUCUUGAACCAGCCUCCACAGGGAAAUGAUGAGUUCUGAUGUUACUCUUUCAUUGGAAAAAACUGUAGUGGGUUCUAGUUCAACUGCUCUAUGACCAAGCUUCCUGAAAGCUUCUCGAGGGCCUCUCUCUUCUAUUCCCCAGGUACCUCAGCUCAUCUUGGGGGGGCACUUUUGCUCUAUCAGGGAGGUUAAGUUGAUUUAUUAUCGGAGAACUUGUGAUGCACAACUGUCUUGCCAGCACUGGACUGCGAUUUUUUUUGUUUUUUUGUUUUAGGAAGGUUGAUGCAAGAGAAGAUAAGAUGGAUGGAUGAAAUGUUUUGUCUUGCUUUUCUUUACAAACAGCAAAGCAAGUAUACAGUUUGUAUACUAAACUGUAAACUUGGUGGUAAAAUACAUGCUAGGCACAUAAAGAGUGGAGUCAUUCUUGCAGCUGGGAGUCGAGGGUUAGCCUCGAGAUUCACAGAGCUUAACUCUGGGCCAAUCACAGGAACGUGCAUCUGGUCUGAACAUCCACUCCCAACCUCUAAGCAAUAUGGGGAGUCAUUACCUUCUUCACUGUUCUUAGUGAUGUUUGUAGACCAGAAAUUGCAAGCACAAACCCUUCCUGAAGCUUUAAUAUGUCAUUUGGUACUUGCUAAAACAAAGGGGAUGCCUGGGAAUAAUUAUUGUCUGUACUAGAGUAGCCCGGAUCACGUUGGAAUAAGCAAGUGUUGGGGCAGCUUUGUAUAGACAGCAAGAUGCUUCAGCUCAGGAAUGCCAUUUCUUGUGCUUCUGUAGAGUUUUGCAGUAAUUCAGGAAGAUCAUGUGAAUGUCCCCAGAUAUUCAGGGAUAGGAAACGUUGUUUUGCCUUAUUUCUGCCUUCUGUUUUAGUGCUAAAUAUAACAGAAAUGGCCAGAGGUUAAGUGAUAUCAGACAUUUGUGGCAAUUGAGGAAAUGACUGGUAGAGCUGAUCUGGAGAAAGCACUCUGCUUAGACAAUUAAAAGGAUGUUUUAAGAUUGGAAGCUUUGUUACAGUAACGCACACAUGGAGCAUACAUAACUUACAGUGUGUCUGCUUAUGCUUAUGCUUUUGCUUUUUUUUUUUAAAUACCAAGUCGGCUGGCUUUGCCUUUAUAUAUAUAUGCGCAUAUAUAAACUUUUUUUUUUUACAUGCAGUAUAUAGAACAAUAGUAUUUUGUAAGAUACGUAAAGGGCUAUAUGAGCUAAAUGUGGUAAAUUAAUAUAUAUUUUAAGAUGAUUUCUGUGUUAUUCCAAUCCUUUUAUGUCCACUGAAACGCUAAAUCUUCAUUGUUGUUUUGUACAGAAGCCUAUUAAAUGGGAAAUCUGGAAAAAGGCUUUCUAUGGGGACUUUCAGUCUAUAAUGGUAUUUUUUCCAAAAAAAAGUGGUUUCAGUAACUGAAAUAAUUUAUUUUACUUUCUAUAGAUACUUCACCAUUUGUACUUGUUUUUCAGUGCUUGAGAACUUUCAGCUUGGCAUUGUAUUUUUUCCCCACUAAUAUUUACAACUAAUUAUGAGACUGUGAUAUAAUACUGGAACUGAAUGAUUAGAAUUCUGUUCUACAGACACUCCGCUUUGCCUAGUACUGAGAUGGUCUUACUAAAAAUAUUAACCCCUGUAUACAAUUUUUGCAUCCAAUUCCUAAAUUUAUAACUACUGAUCAAUUAAUGAACAUUAAUCACUAAGGAAUGUCAUUAUCUUUUAAUGAUAUGUACUCGACUGGCCCUUGACAUGUGUACUUUUUUAUUUAAAGAUUGAAAAUGGAUACUCAUUUGAAAAAGUAGUACAAAUAAACAUUUUGUCUUGGGAA